UGACGAACAAGCGACAAAAUCAAAAAGUAUUUUUUCCAUUUCCAACUUCCGACUUCCGACUUCUUCCCCUGUGUUGUGUUCUCAUCUUCUCAUCCAACAGAAACAAAGACAGAGAAAGAAUCCAGCUUGAAAUUCCCACGAUAUCAAAUCUCAUUGUAUCAGCAUUUCCAAACCCUAACCCUACCCCUAUUCCUCCCUGUCUAUUUCCACCAUUACUGGAUCAAGGAGCUUCAGACAGUGAUCCCUGCGGUUUAUUUAUUUAUUUGUUUAUUUUUGUCUCGGUUCGUUAGUAAUGGUGUUCUUUGUAUGGCUACACUGCAAAACCUAGGAAGAAACGCGAGAGAGAUCAGGAGAUCUGGGAAUUGGCCGAUUCGUGCCAACUGGAGAUGCGAUUUUUGGAACUAAUUCUAGCCUCAUUUCGAUGCCCCUGCAGCAAAUCGGACCUCCAUGGCAGCAGCUGAGAAGAAAUGGCUUCUUGCUCUCUUCUCUGCCGCUUUCGUUUCUUUUCUAUUUUUGCUCUCUGCGAUUUCCAGUUUCAGUGGAUCGCCACCUUUUAGCUUGUAUUCGCCUUUCGCCUCUUCAGUUCGAUAUGGUGCUUCUUACCCGCCGGCUUUCUCGUAUUACAUCUCUGGAGGGAGAGGGCAUAAAGACCGAAUCUUGCGGUUGCUGCUGGCCGUCUACCACCCUCGGAACCGAUACCUUCUCCAUCUAGGGACGGAUGCUUCCUACAGGGAGCGGCGGCAGCUUGCGGUUGCUGUCCGGGCCGUCCCGGCUAUCCAAGCUUUUGGGAAUGUUGAUGUUUUAGGGAAGCCAGAUGCUGCUACAUAUAUGGGGUCUUCCAACGUUGCUGCUACGCUUCGUGCUGCUGCAAUUCUUUUGAAGGUUGAUAGUGGUUGGGAUUGGUUCAUCACUUUGAGUGUUGCGGAUUACCCGCUGCUUACUCAGGACGAUUUGUUCCAUGUAUUCUCUACCGUUAGGAGGGACCUCAAUUUCAUUGAUCACACUAGUGAUCUUGGGUGGAAAGAGUACCAGAGGGUUCAGCCAAUUGUGGUGGACCCAGGAAUUUACUUGGCCCGGAGGGGAAAUAAAAUUUUUCAUGCUUCAGAAAAGCGGCCAACACCUGAAACUUUUAGAUUUUUUACAGGAUCCCCGUGGGUUAUUCUGAGCCGACCAUUCCUAGAAUUCUGUGUUUUUGGUUGGGAUAACCUUCCCCGGUCACUUCUUAUGUAUUUUACAAAUGUAGCUUUAUCCGAAGAAGGCUAUUUUCAUUCUGUCAUUUGCAAUUCACCAGAAUUCCAGAAUACCACUGUUAAUAGUGACCUGAGAUUCAUGAUCUGGGACAACCCUCCCAAGAUGGAACCCCACUUCCUCAACACUUCCGAUUUUGACUUGAUGGUGCAGAGUGGAGCUGCUUUUGCAAGACAGUUUCAAAAAGAUGAUCCAGUGCUGGACAUGGUUGAUGAAAAGAUCCUUAUGCGUGGGCAUAGACGCCCUGCCCCUGGUGCAUGGUGCACCGGCAAGAGGAGCUGGUGGACAGAUCCAUGCUCAAAAUGGGGUGAUGUCAAUAUUGUGAGGCCUGGCCCUCAAGCAAGGAAGUUUGCAGAGACAAUGGCAAGCCAUCUUGAUGAUUGGAAUUCACAUUUGAGUCGGUGCAAGUAAUGCCAAGUAAACAAGAGAUUGACACCAUCAGCACCAAGUACCAUUGCCUCUGCAUCUUUGCGUGUUGGUUUAAAAGACCACAAGCAGUUGAGGCUUUACACACACACACACACCAUUUUUUUGGGUGGUGCUUCCAUCCCAUAGGUUAGUUAACCGGGGGUAGGGGUUAAGGUAAAUGUGUGAUUCUUUUGGGAUUUUCAGGCUGGAGGGGCUGAGUUUUCUUGUGAAUGUUAGUUAACGAAGUGAUUGACUUGUGUAAUUUUGUUAAAGAGCCGCCAACAGUCUUUCAAUCAAUAAAAGGGAUCUCCCUGUUCCUUGUGUAUGGUGAGUGGAUUCUUCAGUCUUCC